ACAGCGACAAACAGAGUUCAUCCUUCUGCAUCGCUACAAAGUUUUGGGGAGAUUAAACCCCUGAACAAAGGGACUUAAUAGACUUUUUCUUCACUCAUAUUUUUAACUUUGUUCUGCAUGGCAAGAAGAUGACAAAUCUUUCAGUUGUUUUAGUUUUUUUCAUGACUGCACAGACAUUCGCAGUGAUCGGGGCUCAGACGUGUCCUCGGCGAUGCCUGUGUCCUGCGGAGCUUCCCGUGUGUCUCUCCGGGGUGCCGCUGGUCCUGGAUGACUGUGCCUGCUGUCUGGUUUGUGCAGGUCAGAAAGGCCAAGCAUGCUCCGAGAUGAAACCCUGUGACACAAUUAAAGGGCUGCAGUGUGAUUACUCAGUGGAUGUUCACAAGAGAACUGGCAUCUGUGCGGUCAGUGUGGGUAACGUGUGCGUUUUGGAGGGUUUAGUCUAUCAGCAUGGCCAGAUCUUCUUCCCGAGCUGUAAAUACCAGUGUGUGUGCCAGAAUGGUCAGUUAGCCUGCAUUCCUCGCUGCAACCUGGAUGUUAUGCUUCCUGGGCCCGACUGUCCAAUCCCACGCAAGGUCCAGGUUCCUGGAGAAUGCUGUGAGAAGUGGGUGUGUGAGCCCCAGACUGAAGCAAGCGCACUGGGCGGCUUUGCCAUGGCCGCCUUUCGUCAAGAAGAAACUGUAGGUUUUGGAAGCUGGGACCCCAGGCUAACCUGCAUUGAGCAGACCACAGAGUGGGGGGCCUGCUCUGAAACAUGUGGCCUGGGGGUCUCCACCAGGGUCACAAACAAGAACAAUCGCUGUGAGAUGGUGAAGCAGAGUCGGCUGUGUGUGAUUAGACCCUGUGAAGACCUGCAGGGACAAUUGACUCAGGUUGCACUAAUGCAGAGAGACAGGAGAUGCCAGAGGGUGGUGAGGAGCAACAAAGCUGUUCACCUGGAGCAUGAGAACUGCACCAGUGUCCUGGCCUACAAGCCUCACUACUGCGGCACCUGCACUGAUGGGCGCUGCUGCACCCCCCACAGAACCAAGACCACUGUGGUGGAGUUCCAGUGUCCCGACAACAGAAUCAGACGCAAGCCAGUUAUGGCAAUUCUAACCUGUGUCUGCCACACCCAUUGCCCUCGAGACAACGCUGCAUGGGAGCCAUCGCUGCUGACAGGAAGAUGAGUCCAGGUUGCAGCUAACAACAAAAUAUGGGCUGUGUUGAGUCCUGAGUAUUAACAUCCAACACAAUAUUUGAUGCUGCCGAUAUUAUAUAUAUAUAUAAAGAAAAGAAAUUAGACAAAAAAGACAGACCCAAACUAUGUCAAAAGCAAACUUAGGGCUGCCAGACCAGCAGACAUCUGGAUGGACGUCAAAACUUAAGAUUGAUAUUUAAGUUCAUGAAGAGCUUUCAUUUAAAUCCUCAGCUGAGAUUUAUAAUUGGCUUGAAAAUGAACUCAAAAAAUGUAAAAAUUAUUUGAAAUUUUAAGAAUAUGAAAGUUUAUACAGCACUUUUACAAGCUGUAUAAACUUAACUCAUGAUUAAUCAACUUCAUUAACUUCUGCUGAGGUUUUUUGUAUCGUUUGUUUCUUUUUAUGUAGUGUAAAUAAUGUAAAAUUUGAGUUGCAAACAAAACAAACUCCACAAAAAAAUUGAUAUUUUUUUUUGCAUACACCCAAAUAAAGAUAACUAACUGAGCAGCAGAUGAACCAUGAUAUUUUAGGUAAAAACCCUACACCUAAUAACUAAAAAAAAAAUGUAAAUACAUAUUACUAAUGUUGUGGCAACUGGUGAGUCAGACUUACCCAGGCACCACAAAUAAAUUAACACUGUUUGGUCUGUUGAAACAGUGUUAAAAUAGGGCAUCUCAGGUCAUUUUGAAGGAAUAUUCUGACCUGGAACACAAAGCGAAUCACCCAUGUCUGUAUCUCUGCGGGAGAGAGAUUUCAUUUUAAAUGUAGCUGAGUUAUAUCCUGUGGACAAAAAUAAUAAGUAUGAAUUAUUACUGAGUUCUGUUCUAUAGAAGCACUUAUGCUAAUACUCGCAAAAGUGCUGCAUUGCUUUCCUAACAGAUUGUGUUUGAUAGCUGUUUGUAAGUUGUAUGUUUAUUUUUAAAAUAUCACUUAAAAAGAUAAAGUGUAAAAAACAACAACUUUCUAUUCCUAAAAUUUAAAAAAAUUGUUUAUCCUGAAGGAAGAAACUACAGAUUUAAUGCACUGUAAAAUAAGCAGCAAAAUCUUGAAUCUUUAUUGAAUCUUUAUUUAUAUGCUAUUAUUCACUCUGAUAAACUAGAAAGACCUUCGGAUGCGAGAUUUGUGAAAGAGGUACAAUUAUUUUCACUAAAAACUCUUUAUCUACAGGUCGCAUAAUUGGAAUAACUCAGAUGUGUACUUUGACAUGAACCCCACUAGGGGCUCACCACAUAAAUGAGAGGUCACUGUUGUGUCUGAGUGUCAUUUUUGACGUCUCUCUGAAAUACUACCCUUGUUGUAUAAUAAAUGUUUUUAAGAAAUGUUCACUUCUUAGAAGCAUAGAAGGAACAGCUUUUGUCAAUGUUAUUUUUUUUGUUUUUCAUUUGAUCUAGUUUAUUUUUCUUCAUAGAAAGCUUGUUUGACUGAGAGUGUAUCAAAUGCACAAUGUUAAUAAUAUAUGUUCAAUGUGAUGCUUGGUUUUAUCUUUUACUACUGUUGUUUGCUUACUCUUGUUUUUCCUAAUGUUUCAAAAAUAAACAUCCUAUUUUAAAGAUA